CAGCCUCGGCGCGGACCGGCCAAUCAGAAGCCGCCUUCGCGUAGCCGCGCGUUCGUCGGACCCGCCCUUCCUGCGGGCCUCACGCGCUACUUAAAGGCCUGCCCCGCAGCUGGCGCGGCGUGGUCCUCGGGAGCGGGUCGGAGGAGUUCAGCAGCCAUGGCCAGCCACCUCGUGCUCUACACCGGCGCCAAGAUGCCCAUCAUGGGGCUGGGUACCUGGAAGUCCCCUCCAGGCAAAGUGACCGAGGCUGUGAAGAUGGCGAUUGACCUUGGGUACCGCCACAUCGAUUGUGCUCACGUGUACCAGAACGAGAAUGAGGUGGGGUUGGCCAUCCAGGAGAAGCUCAAGGAGCAGGUGGUGAAGCGUGAGGACCUCUUCGUCGUCAGCAAGCUCUGGUGCACGUUCCACGAGAAGAGCAUGGUGAAGGGAGCCUGCCAGAAGACGCUCAGUGAUCUGAAGCUGGACUACCUGGACCUCUACCUUAUUCACUGGCCAACCGGCUUCAAGCAUGGGAAGGAAUAUUUCCCACUGGAUGGGGAAGGCAAUGUGAUUCCCAGCGACACCAAUUUUGUGGACACGUGGGAGGCCAUGGAAGAGCUGAUGGAUGAAGGGCUGGUGAAAGCUAUUGGAGUCUCCAACUUCAACCAUCUCCAAGUCGAGAAGAUCUUAAACAAACCUGGCUUAAAGUAUAAGCCGGCUGUUAACCAGAUCGAGUGCCACCCAUACCUCACUCAGGAGAAGUUAAUCCAGUACUGCCAGUCCAAAGGCAUCGUGGUGACUGCCUACAGCCCGCUCGGCUCUCCCGACAGGCCCUGGGCCAAGCCUGAGGACCCUUCCCUGUUGGAGGAUCCCAGGAUCAAAGCUAUCGCAGCCAAGCACAAGAAGACCACAGCGCAGAUUCUGAUCCGGUUCCCCAUGCAGAGGAAUUUGGUCGUGAUCCCCAAGUCCAUGACACCUGAACACAUUGCUGAGAACUUUCAGGUCUUUGACUUUGAACUGAGCAGCGUGGAUAUGACCACCUUACUCAGCUACAACCGGAACUGGCGGGUGUGUGCCUUGGUGAGCUGUGCUUCCCACAAGGACUAUCCCUUCAAUGCUGAGUUUUGAAGCUCUUGGUGCCUCUUCCCCUCCACGUGGCCUGCCGCUGUGUUCCCUGCGCCCCUUUCCCUGUGUGGAGUGCAGUGUGGUCUCUGCCCCUCAGUGGUGGGUCAGCGACUGCGGACGGGCCCAUGAGGUGUUGGGUGUGAAGAGCAGUAUCAGUAGGUUAGAAGCUGCUUCCAGUUCUCUUUGCCCUUCUUCUUGUCCAGCUGGGGAAAGUAGGACCUUAGUACUCUUUUCUGACUAAGUUGAGUCUACAAAGUUGAAAUCGUGCCACUAACACUGGAUGUUGGCUGCUGGGAACUGUAAGCCUUUCAUCCAGAUUUCUUGCCUCAAAUAAAAGUGGUUUUGUGA